CUUCCUCAAAUGUUUCAUCCAGCCGCCUACCAGCUCUCGACGCGACAUUCUCCGGCCCCGCUUCAAUCUCCCCCUCGCUUCUCAUCCUGAUAUUUCAUUCCCUUGUACCCCCCGGCUCAUCUCAUAGGGGGUACGUGGUUGCCGCCUUUGGGCUCCUCCAACAAAGAUCAUCCCCUGCUUGCUUGUGCACACGCUAUCCGUGUCCCAUGCACCCACACGCAAGGUGUUUGAUGGAAUGCUUAGGAGGACAUGAACUAUGGAUUCUUAAUGAUCAGGAGGAACCAGACACCACUGUGGAGCCCCUUUUCUGUGGCCAACUUGAGCUUGCUCAUCCCAAGUGCAUUCUGCACCAACUGAGGCCUAUUAAGCGUGUUGCUUUUGAAGGGCCUGUAACAGGAAGGCGUUUCUAUGGCUGCCCAGUCCAGGAAAAUGGUGUGAAUUGUGGUGUUGUAGAGUGGGUUGAUGGGCCUUGGCCAACUGUUCUUCAGAGAUGUUUGUGCAAGCUAUGGGAGAUGUUCCAUGAGCAGAACAUUGGAAGGGUACAGGACAAGGAGAAGUUUGAGAAGGAGUUGGCCAGGCUUAAGAGUGAACAUGAUAGGGAGUUGGCCAAGCUUAGGAAUGAAAAUGACAAGCUUUGCAUUGAGUACACCAAGCUUGUUGAUGAUGUAUCCAAGAUGUUUGAUUGGCAGGAUGGUAGGGUGGACCAGAAACAAGUGCAGGAGGAAGAACUUGAGAAGAAGAAGAAGGAGCUAGAGGAGAAAGCUAUGUUGGAGGUGCAGAUGGAAAAGCUCAAACUUGCAAAAGAGAAAAGGUGCAUUUUGCAGAGCCAAGCUGAUAUCAUCAAGAACACCAGGAAGGCUAUGAAGGAUGUUCAAGUUGACAGAGAUGUUCUUAAGAAGGAGAAGGACAAGCUUGAGCUUGUUGUUGCUGAGCUGCUGAAAGAUGGCUAUGGCAGCAAGGAGAAGUUAGAGCAAAUCAAGGCCAUCCUUGAGUCUCGAACUUGCUGUGAUAUGUUGGUGAAGUAAGUACAUCCAAAGCCCUUUAUAUAAGGAAGUGGCUUGGCAUGACUGCAAGUGAUUAUGGGUGUACAUUUUGGGGGAAUGUGAAGUUUAACCUAGUGUAAGAACCUUAUUUCCUAUGUUGUUAAGUUGUAAUGGAUCACCUAUGGUAUUAAGUGUUGUAAUGG